GGUUGCUGCUGCCCUUGUUACCUCUCUGCUCUUCCAAAGCUAUUCUCCUUUUCUCUCCUCUUAUUAGAAUUCAAAUUGUGUUUGCAAUCGUUUCUCUACGUCUGCACUUGCAUACAUAAUGACUGAGGUCGCUUUCACCCUCCUCGUUGUCCCUGUUAUUGAGGAUUUACUCUAUAGAUUCACUGCACCGCUCGACACAAGAGUCAGACAACUCUGGAAUUCAGGGGAUUUGAAGAAGGAGCUGAAGAAGCUGAAGGAGUGGCCCCUAUUGAUGAAAUCUGUGCUCGAAAAGGCAGAUAAAAUGGAAAAUGAUGAAACCACAAGGAGUUGGCUGCAGAGGCUCCAAGAUGCAGCUGAAGAUCUGCGUGAUCUGCUGGCUGAGGAUGCAUAUGGAGGUCACCGCCACAAAGGUCGGAUUCCAAGCCAAGUCAAGAAAGAGGUGCGCAAUUUGUUUUUUCCCUCCAAAUCCAUGCUUAGCAAAAUUAAGGAGGUUAAUGAGUCUUUCGAUAGAAUUGUACUACAAUCAAAGUGUAUUAGACCGACAAAAGACAACCAAAAUCGUGAAGCUGAUGAGUCAUCUUACGAUUCUGAAGUUUUGCAAAGGGAUGCUGAUGUGUCAAAAAUUGAAAGAUUGCUGGAUGAGUUGAGCCCGGGGCAUCAACUCUCUGGCCUUUCCAUAGUUGGCAUGCCAGGUGUUGGAAAGACAGCAUUAGCUGGAUCAAUAUAUGUGAGGGCAAGGAAAAAUGACCAGUACAAUCUGGUAGCCUGGGUGCCGCUACAUAAGGAUUUUAAUGAAGGGAUGAUGUUAGGACAGAUGUUGGAAUAUCUUGAUAGGCGUGCUGGUGGAAUGACAAAUAUCGGUGCAAUACGUUGUCAUCUUGAAACAGAGUUAGAAAAUAAAAAAAUUCUUGUCAUCUUUGAUGGUGUAUGGAAUGAAGAUGCUCAGAGUUUGAAACUGUUCAUCUCUAAGCUGCCAAAAUGGUUCAAAACUACCACGAUCUCUGUUGUCAUAACAACUAGUGAUAAAGAGGUAGCUUCAACAAUGGAGGAAAUUCCUUUGCAAAAGCAUGAAUUGCAAAAGCUAUCAGAUGAUGACUGCUGGUUGAUAAUGGACAAUGUUAUUAGAUCGUCCAAUGGAACUCCAAUAGAAGAUCCACAGUUGUUGCUUAUUGGAAUAGAUAUUGCAAAACAGUGUGGGGGUUUGCCAUUAGUUGCAGCUGUCUUUGGCAAACAUUUGGGCGCUCAUAUUGGGGUAGAUGAGUGGUCAGCUAUCAGAGAUAAUAAAGCAUGGCAUGCACCACAUAGACUGGAGAUUCUGUUUCACCUGAAAAAAAGUUAUGAUCACUUGCCUCCACUUUUGAAAAGAUGCUUUUCCUUCUGUUCAAUUUUUCCAAAAAAUUGUAACAUUAGAAGAGAUGAAUUAGUUCAGCAUUGGAUGGCUAAUGGGUUUCUUUCCCAAUCCAAUGACAGAAAAUCAGAUGAAGAAGAAGAUGUUGGUAACAGGUACAUCAAUGAGUUGGUAUCCAAUUACUUAUUGGAAGACGUGGAUAUGGAUGAGUGUGGGAAUAUAAAGUUUUGCAAGAUGCAUAAUGAGGUGCAUAAUCUUGCAUUGCUUUCAGCAAAAUAUGAAACAUAUAUUUGGCCGGAUACCCAUCCCGUUGAGGAGAGUGUUCGGCAUAUGAGGGUUGAGUCUCAUGAAAACCUUCACACUGUUCCAAAAGGUGUUGCUCGAAGGUUGCGCUCUUUGUUCUCGGAUGUUGAUGUUUUGCACAUGAUGCCUAAGAAGUCCAGAAGUUUGCAAUCUUUAAAGCUAGCAGCUGCUGAUGCAAAUGAGUUGAAAUCUUCUCUUGGCAGAUUGAAAUAUUACAUGAGAUACCUUGACAUAUCAGGUAGUGCAAUUAAAAGACUACCAAAAUCUGUCACUAAGCUCUACCAUUUGCAGACUUUAAGAUUCACGGGCUGCAAGUCAUUGGAAAAGCUCCCAAGGGGUAUUGAAAAUCUAGUCAACUUGAGGCAUAUUUAUUUUGAUGAAAGAAAAGGGUCGGAGAAUUGAAGAGCUUAAAUCUUUGAACAAACUCAGAGGAAAACUGAAACUUUGCAAGCUUGAGCUAGUACCUCACUCACACGCUAAGGAAGCAAGUCUUGAAGAUAAAGCAGAAUUGAUCAAGUUGCAAUUUGUAUGGAGUGAAAACAGAGCCAACAAUCCUGAAGAUAUGGGUGUUGAUAGGGGUGUUCUGGAAGGUCUUCAACCUCCCUCAACAUUGAAAAGCUUAACCAUUGAGAAUUAUAGGGGAGGUAACUGCCCUUCAUGGAUGAUGAAUUUGACACAGCUUGUGAAGUUGAAAUUGAUUGAUUGUGAUGAAUGUGGUAAUAUUUCAUGCCUUGAACGCUUACCUAAGCUUAAGGUUCUCAAUAUAAAGGCAAUGCAUAAUGUGAGUAGGAUAGGCAGAAUGUCUUAUCAUCAAAGCAGCAGCCAAGGUGAAGGAGAAUCAAUCCUACCAGUUCUAGCUUUGAGAAAACUAACAUUAAGGAAGAUGACAAAGCUGGAGGGAUGCGAAACAACACAAGGCAUGGUUGUGUUUUCUUGCCUUGAGGAGUUGCACAUUGGGGAUUGCCCGGAGCUCAAAACAUGGUGUGCAAGCAACAGCCAAGGCAGAGGAGAUUCAAUUAUACCAUUUCCAGCUUUGAAAAAACUUACUUUAAGCAACAUGACAAAGCUGGAGAAAUGGACAG